UUACAGCACUCUCAUGUAGCUUGGAAGUGAAAGUAAUCGGAGGAGAGGGCAUUGAGCGACUUACUUCGAGGCAGAAGACCAAUCACAGCCUUGACGAUACCUUUCAGAUAGAGAUAGCUUCGCAGACAAGACUGAGACAAUGAGUGCUCGAAGGAUGAAAGUGGGGAUGCAUAUAAUUCCCACCAGACCGUGACAACCGGUUAGUCUACGGUGAAUUUCGUGCGUUUCGUUUGAUUUAUUUGCGGUUGCCGUUCAAAAGCAACGUUAAUUUUGAAUACAACCGCGAACGUUCUCAUCAUCGGUUAUAUUUCAUCCGUUGUGCCGUCAGAUUGGCGAAAAUGACAUGGUACAAAUUGGUGUACUUCAACGUGAUGGGAUUAGGGGAGCCCAUAAGGUUCAUCCUCUGUUACGGAGGCGUUCCGUUCGAGGACGUCCGGGUAGAGCGCGACAUCAACGAAUGGCUUAAAAUAAAACCGACGACCCCAUUCGGUCAGUUGCCUUUGUUGGAAAUCGACGGGAAAGUUUACGCGCAAACGUUGCCUAUUUGCCGAUACCUGGCCAAACAAUUUAAUCUGCUCGGCAAAACCGAUCUGGACAACCUGCAAAUCGACGCCAUCGCGAACGCUCUUCACGAUUUUAGGAAGAGUGUGGUAUCGAACUACUAUAGAGAGCAGGAUCCAGCACUGAAGGCGAAGAAGAAAGUGGAGGUGUUCGAGAACACGGUGCCGUUUUACCUGAACAAGCUCGAGGAGCUGACCAAGAACAAUGGAGGAUAUCUGCACGGUGGUCAGUUGAGCUACGCGGAUCUAUUCUUCGUCGCCAUUACGGAUUCGUUGAGCACAGCCUACGAAGCUGAUAUCACGAAAGACAAACCUCACCUGAAGGCUCUGAAGGAGAAAGUCUUGGCGAUUCCAAGCAUUAAAGCUUACGUGGAGAAGAGACCAAAAUUGCCGUUUUAAUUUUUAACGAGUUCGAAUUCGAAAUUAUUUUCAGAGUACGUUGUGAAAACGUUCGCGGAGCUUUGUAAUACGACAGUAUUAACACUCGA